AUGCGCCUCCUGGAACGCAAUGAUACCGGUGAUUUCAGUUUGACGGAUGAAAUUCCCGACGACCAGGUCCCACCGUAUGCGAUACUUUCGCACACAUGGGGCGACGAAGAGGUUCUCUUCAGGGAUAUAAUCGACGGCACAUACAAAAGUAAAGCAGGCUACGCUAAGAUUAGGUUUUGCGGAGAUCAAGCCGGGCGCGAUGGGCUGAAAUUCUUCUGGGUCGACACAUGUUGCAUCGACAAAUCCGACAGCGCCGAACUUCAACACGCCCUUAACUCCAUGUUUCAGUGGUACCGCAAUGCAGCCAAAUGCUAUGUCUAUCUCACAGACGUCUCAACCUACCAGCAGAACGCCGACGGCUACCCCGGUUGGGAAUUGACCUUUCGAAAAUCUAGGUGGUUUACUCGUGGAUGGACCCUCCAAGAGCUCAUUGCCCCAGCAAUUGUGGAAUUCUUCUCUAAAGAGUGCGAGAGUCUAGGAGAUAAGAACUCUUUAGAACAACAAAUCCACGAUGUAACCAAGAUUCCCCUCCGAGCUCUCCAAGGCAGUACAUUGUCCGACUUCAGCAUCGAAGAGCGUAUGUCGUGGGUCGGAAAGCGUAACACAAAACGAAAAGAAGAUAAGGCGUACUCGCUAUUCGGCAUCCUUGAUGUGACAAUGACGCUUCGGUAUGGCGAAGGAGAAGAUAAAGCAUUUGAGCGGCUGCGGAAGAAAAUUCGUAAGCAAGAUCGCGAUCUGUCCAGUCUGCAUUCUACCGACCCGCGCCUUGAUAAGAAACGCAUCGAGGAGGCGAAGGGUGGGUUGCUUGAUGGCGCUUACCGCUGGGUUUUCAACACCCCUGACUUCCGCCGUUGGCAUGACCAGUUAGAAAGCCGCCUUCUCUGGAUUAAAGGAGAUCCCGGCAAGGGCAAGACCAUGUUGCUCUGCGGCAUUAUCGACGAGCUACAGAAAGCUAUUGUUGCAGGCGGGCAUCGUCGUAAUUUGGCCUAUUUCUUCUGCCAGGCUACCGACUCGCGCAUCAACAACGCCACUAAUGUACUCCGUGGCUUGAUCUACCUUCUUGUCAACCAGCAGCCACGUCUUAUCUCUCACAUACGCAAUUCCACGGACGCAGGUAAAUCGCUCUCUGAUGCAAAUGCGUGGUUCGCCCUCUCGGAUAUUUUAAAGGGGAUGCUAGGAGAUCCGAACUUAAAGCGAACCUACCUCGUCGUCGAUGCCUUAGACGAAUGUGUUGUCGACCUACCGAAGCUUUUAGACUUUAUCGUCUGCAUCUCAUCUGAUCGGAUAAAAUGGCUCUUAACAAGCCGGAAAGACACGAUUAUCGAGAAGAAAUUGAAAUCUAACAAUGCGCGAACAAGGCUUAGUCUUGAGCUGAAGGAAAAUGCGAUAGAGGUGUCUCAUGCCGUCGAUUUAUACAUCGACGAUAGGCUAUCUGGUUUGGAAGCACUUCAGGACGACGCCCUUCUAAAGGAUCAAGUACGAGAUAUAUUACGCAAGAAGGCAAACGGCACGUUCCUCUGGGUCGCCCUCGUCGUACAGGAACUCAGCAAGGAUGAGGUGGAGAACUGGCAUGUUCUGCAGAUUGUCGAAGAAGUACCACCGGGCCUGGAUAGGAUGUACGGUCGCAUGCUGGAUGAGAUCAAACGGAAUGAACGGGACUCGGAAUCUUGUCGGCGCAUUCUCUCGGUGGUGACGGUAGCAUACCGCCCACUUCACUUGGACGAAAUAGGCGGCUUAUCUGGAUUACCGAAACAGAUUGUCAAGUCGACGGAGAAUGUUAAGAAGAUCGUGGCCAAGUGCGGAUCCUUUCUCACGGUUCGAGAUAACCAGAUCUACCUCGUUCAUCAAUCAGCUAAGGACUACUUAGGCGACCAAGCCUCCCCAUUCCUUUUCCCCAGUGGUGUGGCUAUGACUCAACGUGAUAUAUCGGAUCGGUCAUUAAAGCUUCUCUCAGGCAAGUUACAACGCGAUGUGUACGGCUUACGUACACCGGGAUUUUCUAUCGACCAAGUUCGAGUGCCGGACCCGGACCCUCUUGCGCCAGUGCGGUACUCGUGCGUUUACUGGGUUGAUCAUCUCUAUGCCUGGCAGUCAAGCGACAAUAUCAAGCACACAAAUGUUUUCCAAGAUGGCGGUGACAUCGAUGACUUUCUGAGGAAGCACUAUCUUCACUGGCUCGAAGCUCUUUCGCUUUGCAGGAGCAUACCACAGGGGAUAACGUCAAUGGCGACGCUUGAAAGCAUUCUUCAGCACAGGUCGAUUACGCCUCAAUUACCAAGCCUUGUCGCUGAUAUGCGCCGAUUCGUUUUAUACUCGAAAUGGGUUAUUGAGAAUUAUCCUCUUCAGGUAUACGCUUCAGCACUUGUGUUCAGCCCCGCCCGAAGUAUAACAAGAGGCCUGUUUACGCAGGAAGAACGGAAGUGGAUUACUUCGGGGCCAAUUGUAGAGGAUAAUUGGAAUGCGUGCCGGCAAACGCUCGAGGGGCAUGGCGGUUCCGUCUUGUCGGUAGCGUUCUCGCCCGAUUCGAAGUGGGUUGCGUCAGCAUCAGACGACACCACCAUCAAGAUCUGGGAGGCGGCUACGGGGUCAUAUACGCAGACGCUCGAGGGGCAUGGCUCUUGCGUCUACUCGGUAGCGUUCUCGCCCGAUUCGAAGUGGGUUGCGUCAGCAUCAGACGACACCACCAUCAAGAUCUGGGAGGCGGCUACGGGGUCAUGUACGCAGACGCUCGAGGGGCAUGGCUCUUGCGUCUACUCGGUAGCGUUCUCGCCCGAUUCGAAGUGGGUUGCGUCAGGAUCAGACGACACCACCAUUAAGAUCUGGGAGGCGGCUACGGGGUUAUGUACGCAGGCGCUCGAGGGACAUCGCGAUUCUGUGAAAUCGGUAGCGUCUUCCCUUAACCCGAAUCUGAUUACAUCCGGAUCUGACGAUGCCAACCCUCCACAUUACCAAAGCUAUGGAAUGAGCUUGAACGAUAGGUGGAUUACGAGGGGCUCAGAAAACUGGCUGUGGCUGCCUCUGGAAUAUAAGCCAUACCGUUCUGCUGUAGCGGCAUCAACGGUUGCUCUUGGCUGUUCUUCGGGGCGCGUCCUAACUAUGACGUUCACCACAGACAGCUAA